AUGACCGCCGAGAAGCUGCUGUUCCGCUUGGAGCAGCCCCACGGCGCCGGCGACGUCUACCUGGCCUGGCAGACGGGCGGCUCCGGCGCCUAUCUGGCCACCACCGGCGUCGACUCCGUCGUCAACGUCUUCGACCGCUACGGCGAGAUCCGCGAGCGCAUCAAACUACCCGGCCUGUGCGCCGCCUUCGCCUGGGACUCCGACGGCGACCUGCUCGCCGUGGUGGCCCAAUCGCCGCAGCUGCUGCUCUGGGACUCCAACACGGGCGAGAAACGCUCGCUGGACGUCGGCGUCAAGGACUCGGUGAGCUGCUUGGUGUGGUCGAAGACCGCCCCGCUGCUCGCCUUGGGCUCGGUGAAGGGGAACGUUUGCUUGUACGAUCACAACACCACGAAGCGGGUGCCCGUCAUCGGGAAGCAUUCCAAGAGGAUCACGUGCGGUGCUUGGAACAGCGAGAAUUUGCUCGCGUUGGGUUCGGACGAUAAAACCGUAUCGAUUAGUAACAAUGACGGUGAUACUUUGCGAGUGAUCGGGCUGAGAGCCGAACCGUCCGAGAUCAAAUUCUCUCGGAUGAAGACAGAUGAACGAGAAGGCGCCGAAAACACUGUUAGUUUGUUAGUGGGAAAGAAAACUCUGUAUCUUUACAAUCUACUAGAUCCGGAUAAUCCGAUUGAACUGGCAUUCCAGCCACAUUACGGUUCCAUAGUUAAAUACGAAUGGUUCGGAGACGGAUACGUAUUGCUCGGUUUCUCUUCUGGUUACUUUAUUGCCAUAUCGACGCACAUCAAGGAAGUGGGUCAAGAGCUAUUUCAAAUCCGAAACCACAGGAAUUCCCUUAGCGACAUCGCCGUUAACGAGAAUAUAGGAAAGGCCGCUUCUUGCGGCGAUAAUACCGUUAAAAUACACGAUUUAGCCAACUUACAGGAGACCUCGAGUGUUUUAACUUUAGCGCAAGAAUCUGGUAUAGAUAGGAUUUCUUGGAGCCAAGACGGUCAACUGCUAGGCGUUUGUACUAAGGGAGGUUCUCUUAACAUAUACGUCUCCCACAUGCCGAUUAUGACAUCAGUUUGCGCCCCGAGACUGGCUGUUUUAUCGAGCCUCACGGAAAUCACCUUCUACAAUUACACAUCGGAUAAAACCAAACUAACAGCGGUGUCCGUAGCUUUGCCCAUCGAGCCGAGUUUCAUCGCCAUAGGUCAGAAUCAUUUCGCAGCAGGUAUGAACAGCAACGUGUGGUUCUACAGCUUGACCAAAUCCCAAACCGGCUCGUCCGAUACGCCGAUGAAGCUCAGAGAACGCCAGUACUUGGGCGCUGUAACCAGCGUUAAAUUGAACCAAGAGUACGCUUCGGUUCUAUUCGAGAAACGAAUACAAUUCCACCUCAUCGAAGACGACAAAGAUUCCAUAACGUUUCCCGAAGAAACCAACGAAGCCACUGCGAUAACCUGCCACGAACUAACGGCCGAUUUUCUAAUUUACGCCACCAGCGCCGGCAGCAUCGUCUAUUUCCACAUCGAAGAAUGGUGCAAAGCGAUGGAAUACGCGCAUUCCACCGGCGUUAUAAACAUUUACGUGGAUCCCACCGGCACCCGAUCGGUCUUCUUCGACGCGAAAUACGAAGGGUACGUCUUCAACGCCGCUUCGAACGAAAUCCUGCCCGUGCCGGGCCUGAGCAACAAAGUGGACGGGGUAAUUUGGGACAACAACAUCAACGACAGGAACGUAUUCAUCACCUACGACGAAUUCGAAAUUCGCACUUACAUCUACGUCGACAGGUUCACGGAGGGCUCGCGCGUGGACUUCGUGGGUCGGACGAGCCUCGCGAGCAAGCAAAUACCGCUGCUGUUGUACGCCGGCGAAGUCGUAUCGGCUACGUCGGGCGGGCAAAUCUCCCAACUGGUGCUCUCCACUCACGCCGUGCGCGCCAACGAAAAGGACGAAACCGCUUUGGAGGCCAAUUGCCACAAGUGGCUGCUGCUGCGUCGCUUCGAGGCCGCCUUGGAAAUCUCCCUGUCGCUGAAAUCGAAGGAGUUGCUCCGCAGGUGCGCCGAAGAGGCUCUGAUGCACCUGCAGAUCGAACUGGCAAUACGGGCCUACAAAGAAAUCGAAGCCGUCGCGAUGGUCUGGAGCUUGGAGAGCAUCGUCGACAUCGAGGACUACAAGUUGCUCUGCGGCUACGUGAAGAUGUACCUGAACGAUUACAACAAGGCGCAGGAGUGGUUUUUGGCGUCGAGCUAUCCGGAGGCGGCGUUGCAGAUGCGCAAGGACCUGUUGCAGUGGGACGAGGCGUUGAAUUUGGCCAAGAAAAUGGCGCCCGACGAGAUCGUGCUCAUUUCCAGGGAGUACGCCCAGCAGAUGGAGUUCGUGGGUAACUACUCGGAGGCGCUGCGGCACUACGAACGCAGCCUGCAGCGCGACCUGAGCGACGAGCAUACGUUCAAUUGCAAAUCGGGCAUAGCCCGGUGUAAUUUGCAUUGCGGCAAUUACCGGCACGGCAUAUCGAUCGCCGUCGAGCUGGACGAGAAGCAUUUGCUGAAGGAAUGCGGCGAGAUACUGGAGAAGAGGAAGCGAUACGCGGAGGCGGCGACGCUGUUCGAAAAGUGCCAGCAAUACGAGCGGGCCGCUUCGAAUUACGUUAAAAUGAAGAAUUGGAACAAAGUGGGCGAAUUGUUGCCGAACGUCAACUCGACUAGGUUCCACGCGCAGUACGCCAAAGCCAAAGAGGAGGAGAAUAAGAUCGAGGAGGCCGUUUGGGCUUAUCAAAAGGCGAAAGAUUUCGAUUCGGUGAUUAGAUUGCAUUUGGAACGAUUGAAUAAUCCGGAGAUAGCGGUGGAAUUGGUCCAAGAGACGAGGAGCGUCGAAGGCGCUAAAAUGGUCGCUAAAUUCUUCAUUGGGCUCAACGAUAUUUCGUCGGCUAUAAAAUUCCUGGUUAUGUCGAAAUGCAACGACGAGGCGUACGAAUUGGCGAAAAAAUACGGCAAAAUCGAAUUGUACGGUAACAUCCUUUUGGACACCUUCACCGAAGACGAUGCCAGGCCGCAGGAUUUCGCCGGCGUUGCCGUUCACUUCGAAAACGAGAAGAACUACUACCUUGCCGGAAAGUACUAUUUCCAUUCUAGGGAGUACGAAAAAGCGAUGAAUUUGCUCAUGAAAGCGGCCAAAUCGACGUCGAAAGAAAACGAUGCCAUCUCCGUGGCCAUAGACGUUGCGGCCGCGUCUAAAGACACGUCCAUCGUGAACGUUCUGAUCGAAUUUCUGUUGGGAGAAACCGACGGCAUGCCCAAAGAUCCCAAGUACUUGUUCAGAUUGUACAUGGCGAGGAAGCAGUUCAAGGAAGCGUCGAAGUCGGCCGUUAUUAUCGCCAACGAGGAGCAAAUCAGCGGCAAUUACCGGAACGCCCGCGACAUUCUGUUCGCCAUGUGCCAGGAAUUGAAGCAGAACAACUUCAAGAUCCCCUACGAAAUGUACGCGAAUCUGAUGCUGCUGCACAGCUACAUAUUGGUGAAGUUGCACGUGAAGAGGAGCGAUCAUUCGAAGGCGGCUCGAAUGUUGAUCAGAAUAGCCGAGAACAUUUCGAAGUUCCCCUCGCACAUUGUGCCUAUAUUGACGUCGACGGUUAUCGAAUGUCACAGGGCCGGUUUGAGGCAAAUCGCCUAUAAAUACGCCACCCUGUUGAUGAAUCCCGAGUACAGGAAGAGCAUAGAUGCCAAAUACAGUAAGAAAAUCGAAGCGGUUAUCCGGAAGCCGAAGAACAAAGAGGACGAUCCCGCCGAAGCCCUUACGCUUUGUCCGUAUUGCGAGAAACCUCUGGCGGAAACGGAAACGACUUGCCACAAUUGCAAAAAUAACGUUCCUUUUUGUAUCGUGACGGGCAGACAUGUUGUGAAUGACGAUUUGACCGUUUGCCCGGAAUGCGGAUUUCCGGCCAUCAGGAGCGAAUUCUUGAAUAUUUUGAACGAUAAAGAGGCCAAUUGUCCGAUGUGUGGUGGAAAAGUCAGUCCCAAUCAAUUGGCCAAGAUUGAAGAUAGCAUGCCGUAUUUAAAUAUUGAAUAG